GGGCCCGCGCCCCCCGCCCCGCAGCCCGUCCCCGGCGCCCGGGGGGGGGGAACCCGGCCGCUCCAACGCUGGGAGGGGGGAACUGCGAGCGGGGGCGGCACUAAGGGACCGACGGAGGACGGGGCCUCAGCGCCGCCUGACACCGGCACGGCACGGAGCGGAGCGAGGAGGAAGGCGGCUCUACUGACACGGAGGGGCGAGGUUAUGCCACUCUCCAGGUUUCCUGGGUGCCUGCCGGUGAAAGAGAAGGGUUGAUAUUUUGCCCAGGCCCUUAGGUCCUGAACCAAAAUGGCAGCUGGCGAGUCCCCUCCCGUAGGAGAUGCGUUCAUCGAUCUGCAGCAGGGCAGAGAUCGUGCAGAAAAAGCCUCUCCUGGUGCCGAGGACGAUGAGGACUUGGAUAAGACUUUAUCAAUCGAGAGAUUUGGGGACCUGAUAAGCAAGUCAGCAUCAAGCGAUCUGGAGAAGCAGAGACGCAGCUACAGUGAGAGAGAUUUUGAAUUCCACCGUCAAACCUCGCACCACAUCCAUCAUCCCCUUUCCACUCACCUCCCUUCUGCCCUCAAGUUCCAAAAGAGGCCCCCCCGUGCCAGCAGGAGGAAAAAAAGAAGAAGGAAAAAGAAGAGAACCUCAGUACCCCCCUCAGAAGUCACCCCUACCAUUCAAGAAGUGGACGAGGAAGGAGGAGAAGAGGAGGAAGAAGAGGAAGAAGAAGAGGAGGAGGAAGAAGAAGGAGAGUCUGAGGCAGAAGAAGCCCAGGAGAAGGAGGUCUUUACAGAGUCUGAGGGCGAAGCUCGUGGGAAGGACACAUCUCCUAAGCUGGAGCCCCCAAGCAAACCAAAGUUCACCAUUGGCAGCGAUGAGGAUGAGUCUGGCAGCACUCUGGCCCCAGCACAGUUCCACGUGGAAGAGGAGUGUGGCAUCCUGUCCUCCACACCACACCUCACUGACCUCCUACAGGACAAGGGCCCUGCCUCAUUCCACAGCCUCCCAGGACCUCGGGAACGUGUUUCUCAGGGCUGGGAGAAGCGCAGGCCCUGGGGCCAGGUGGCAAGUGGACAACGAGUUACCUAUGACUUAAAGGAGAGGAUGUGCAUUGGCAGCAUGACCACACUGGAGAGUGCAGCAUAUCAGCGUGUCCCCACGGAUGAGGCUGAGGCCCAGAUGCUGGCGUCUGCUGACUUGGAUGGCAUGAAAAGCCACCGCUUUGAAGACAACCCUGGUGUAAGGAGGCAUCUGAUGAAGAAACCAUCUAGGAGCCAGAUCACCAGGACAAGCAAAAAAUUAGCAUCAACCCCAUCAGUUAAGAAAAAGAAGAAGAAGAAGAAGUUGGAUAGAAAACCCCAUGAGGUGUUUGUGGAGCUGAACGAGCUGGUGGUGGAUAAGAACCAGGAGAUGCACUGGAAGGAAACAGCUCGCUGGAUCAAGUUUGAGGAGGAUGUGGAGGAGGAUACAGCCAGGUGGGGGAAACCCCACGUGGCUUCACUGUCCUUCCGCAGCCUGCUGGAGCUCAGGAAGACAAUUGCCCACGGUGCUGUUCUUCUUGACCUGGAGCAGACCACACUGCCUGGCAUUGCUCACCUCAUGGUGGAGACCAUGAUAAUCUCUGACCAGAUUAGAGCAGAAGACCGUGCCAAUGUGAUGCGUGCCCUGCUGCUGAAGCACAGCCACCCAAAUGAUGAGAAGGAGGGAUUCUUUCCAAGGAACCACUCCAGCUCCAGCAUGAAUUCUAUCGUGGGGAACCACCACCAUAACCACACCACAGACACCUGUGUGCCCCUGAUGGGUGAGGAGCGAAUUGAGAUGGCUGAUCCCAAGGCACAUGAGACUGAGUGCAAAGAGAAAAAUGUGCACGUCCAUAACUCUGAGGGGCACCGUAAAUACCUGAAGUUGAUGGAGAAAAUUCCUGAAGAUGCAGAAGCCACCGUGGUCCUUGUGGGUUGUGUGCAGUUCCUGGAGCAGCCAACUAUGGCCUUUGUCCGACUAAAUGAGGCCGUCUUCCUGGAGUCUGUCUUGGAGGUCCCAAUUCCUGUCAGAUUCAUCUUUGUGCUGCUGGGACCGAGCCAGGCCAAUAUGGACUACCAUGAAAUUGGUCGGUCAAUCUCCACCCUCAUGUCUGACAAGCAUUUCCAUGAGGCUGCAUACAUGGCUGAUGACCGUCAAGAUCUCCUCAAUGCAAUCAAUGAGUUCUUGGACUGCAGUAUUGUCAUUCCUCCAUCUGAGGUGGAGGGGAAAGACUUGCUCAAAUCCAUUGCCACCUUCCAGAAGAUGCUGCUGAGGAAGAGGAAGGAGAGGGAGCAGAAACCCAUGAAGGAAGGAGAUGUCCAGGAAGCCAAAGAGCUGUGUGAAGUGAAGGCUGAGGAAGAAGAGGAGGAAGCUGAGGACGACCCUUUGAAGCGGACUGGAAUAUUUUUUGGAGGUCUGGUUCGGGACAUAAAGCGCAGGUACCCCAAAUACCUCAGUGACAUCAGAGACGCCUUGCACAGCCAGUGUCUCGCAGCCGUUCUCUUCAUCUACUUUGCUGCUCUCUCUCCUGCCAUCACCUUCGGGGGACUCCUAGGAGAGAAAACUGAGGGUCUCAUGGGGGUCUCCGAGCUGAUAAUCUCCACCUCAGUUUUAGGGAUUCUGUUCUCCCUGCUUGGAGCCCAGCCACUUCUGGUCAUUGGCUUCUCAGGGCCUCUGCUGGUGUUCGAAGAAGCUUUUUACAAGUUCUGCCAGACACAAGGCAUUGAGUACCUGACAGGUAGAGUGUGGAUUGGUUUGUGGCUCAUCGUAUUCAUCUUCAUUAUUGUGGCAGCUGAAGGAAGCUUCUUGGUGCGCUACAUCUCUCCCUUUACCCAGGAGAUCUUUGCCUUCCUCAUCUCCCUCAUCUUCAUCUACGAGACCUUCUACAAGCUGUACAAGGUGUUUGCAGAACAUCCUCUGCUGAAGUUUUACCCACCAGAUGUGCAGAGCGGCCUGAACGCCAGCAUGCUCUCUGCAGAUGCCAUGUCACUGGGAAUCAGGAUGCAGCCCAAUACUGCUCUCCUCUCCCUCAUCCUCAUGCUUGGCACCUUCUUCAUUGCCUUCUUUAUGCGCAAGUUCAAGAACAGCCGUUUCUUAGGAGGAAAGGCUCGGCGGAUCAUUGGAGACUUUGGGAUCCCCAUCUCCAUCCUAGUCAUGGUGCUGGUGGAUUACACCAUCACAGACACGUACACACAGAAGCUGAAUGUCCCAUCUGGCCUGUCGGUCACAUCUCCUCACAAACGUGGCUGGUUCAUUCACCCCAUGGGCAGCAGUGGGACCUUUCCAUUGUGGAUGAUGUUUGCCUCUGCCAUCCCUGCCCUUCUGGUCUUCAUUCUUAUCUUCAUGGAGACACAGAUCACUACGCUGAUUGUGAGCAAGAAGGAGAGGAAGCUGUUGAAAGGCUCUGGCUUCCACCUGGACCUGCUGCUCAUUGGCACUAUGGGGGGGCUUUGUGCUCUCUUCGGGCUGCCCUGGCUCGCGGCCGCUACGGUGCGCUCCGUCACCCAUGUCAAUGCUCUGACGGUCAUGAGCAAGGCCAUCGCACCAGGAGAGAAGCCCAAAAUUGAGGAGGUGAAGGAGCAGCGUGUGACAGGAGUGCUUAUUGCUGCCCUUGUCGGGCUGUCCAUCGUCAUGGGGAGCAUGCUGCGGCAGAUCCCGCUGGCUGUGCUCUUCGGGAUCUUCCUCUACAUGGGCGUCACGUCUCUCACGGGCAUCCAGCUCUAUGAGCGAUUGCUCCUGAUCUUCAUGCCAUCCAAGCAUCACCCCGACCACAUCUAUGUUGUUAAGGUAAAGACGUGGAGGAUGAAUCUCUUCACCUGCAUUCAACUGGCCUGCAUUGUGCUGCUCUGGGUGGUGAAAUCUACGGUGGCAUCUCUGGCCUUUCCCUUCGUUCUGAUCAUGACAGUGCCAUUGCGACGCUUUGUGCUGCCCCGCUUCUUCCAUGACAGGGAGCUCAAAGCCUUGGACUCAGAGGAUGCAGAACCGAACUUUGAUGAGGAUGGCCGGGACGAGUACAAUGAGCUGCACAUGCCUGUGUGAACUGGAGCCUGCCCUCCCUGCACUUGGAACAGGCUGCUCACACUUGCUCAUCCCCUCAAGGACCAGCAGGAGAAUCACAGAAUCACAGAAUGGUAGGGGUUGGAAGGGACCUCUAGAGAUCAUCGAGUCCAACCCCCCUGCCAAAGGAGGCUCCCUACACCAUGUCACACAGGUAGGCGUCCAGACUUGCCACAAGUCAAGCAAUCUUGUCUGGACCAACAAAUGGCUGUUCCAUAGCUCCACAGGAGGCAGCCCUAUCACUCACUCAGCAGAGGCUGCUUGUCUCUCUCCUCUCGGACCUGGUGAGCUGAGAGGUGCCUGUCACAUCCCAAGGCUGUGUGGGUCCAGUGUUCCCGUGGGUCAGGGGUCUGUCUGGUCCCUGCUGGAGGCAGCCUGUAUUCAAUCUCUGGGUGGUGAAGGGGAGUCAUGCCAGCUGGUACCACUGUGUCCCAGUCCAUUUUCAUGAAGCUUGGGUGUCGCACCGUGAUGCAUUAUUGGGCAGUCACAGGAACAAGCCCAAUACUGCCUGUGUACAGACAGUGGGCUCCUCACAGGUUGGGUGAGGACACCAGCCUCUGUGCUCAGCUAACAGAUGCCUUGCUCCUGCUCUCUGUGUUCUUGCAGCCUAACUGCCAUUCUACACCUCCACAAAGGACAAGGGUCCUGAUCUCCAUUUCCCUGUCCUUGAACACAAACCAAAUUUCAGAGCUAUACAAGAGAUGCAGUGUUGGAGCUUGAAAUAGUCCUGUGGGUCCUCCCUCUUUCCCUGUGCAGUGAUCACUGGUUCUGGCUCAUUGCAGCCCUGCAUUGAAGUCACAGAACCCCUUGGCCCCAUUUCUCCUCCCGUGCUGGAGUGACAGUUCAUGUCCAUUCCAGCUGGGAAAAAGCAGCGUUCAAUGUGCCCAGCACUUAGCCCUGGCCUCCUUGGGCCUAGCAGGGAUGUGUCCUAAGAUCUCCUGGACCAGCAGCCUCCAUUCAGAGCAGGUGGCCACAGCUCUGAUGUAGUGCCCUGAUGGUAGGAUCCAAAGUGGCCUUGUGGAGGAGGCUGGGAUGCAUGCUCCAACAUUGAUCAGCCAUCAGAUCUGGGACAAGUUGCUGCCCUGGUUCCCAUUUAUAAGCUUGGCUCCUGUGGGAGCAGGUGAGUCCCACACCUCCCCAAGAGGCUGCACAAACACCUGCAGAGAGCAAAGCCCCCCCAGCAGCAGGCUCCAGCCCCACCACCGUGCCCACGCAGGGUGUCUGUGUGUCUGUGGCCGUGUGCGUCCUGUCCUCCCUGUGUAGUGUAGGAGGCUGUUGUCGCUGUGCAUUGUGACUCCUCUGACUGUAGUGGAAACAGCUACACCAAUAAACUUCACAGGAACCAC